AUGAUUAUUUAACUACUAUUUUUUAUGACUCAUGCUAAUCUCAUUCAACAAUCUUAUUCUAUUCAAAAUCAAGAUCAAGCUGUCAUUCAUUUAUCAUUCAUUAAACAAUUUACCACUAAUUAUUAAUUUGGUGACUUAAAUUUCAAUCUUAGUAUUCAAGCUAAUCAUUAAUACACUUUACUUUAUAUUCCAGAUUCAUCUUCUAAUGAAUAUUAUUGUGUUGUUCUUUUAAAAUCAAAUUAUUAAGAUUGCUUUAAAUAAAUCAUUUUCAUUUAAGAUGAUGAAUAAUCAUGUUAAUAAAAUGUAACAACCAAUCUACAAUAUUAUAUUGAUGGAAAUUAAUCCUAUUUGUCAAAUCUAAUUUGUAAUCGAUUUUAAAAUUUAACUAUUUCUAAUUUCCAUUAUAAAGUUAAAAUAUCUGAAUCAUAAACUCUUAUCACUCCAGCCCUUAUUAUAUUAAAUAGAUUUGUCACUUCUAAAGAAGGACUUUAAAUUAAUUUCUAAAUGAAUUUUUAGGUACUCUAAUUAGAGUUAUGA